GCUUUUGUACUAGCCUGCAUUUAUCCGAACACAGAGCCGUCCUCGGCACGUUUGGGAUCAAAUUUCUACGCAGACAACGGGUAUUCUACCUCCGAACAGCACACCACGCGAAGAAUUCCCAGCGAUGGUUAUCAGCUAAAUACAGCAACAUCAUCUAGCUUGUGUAGCGCCAGCAAAUGGUCUGUCGGCUUUAGCCCAAACAAACUCAUUUCCAGCCCUGAUGCUGUUGUCCGUGAACCGGAUGCAAAGGCUGGUGGUUCUUCCUCAUCCACGAAAGCAACCGGCCCUGUAGCGCGUCCGAAAACUCACAUCGCUUCUGGAAAUGACAUGUUCACAGUGUCUCUCAUUGCUGUGAUUGUCGGUUUGGGCAUCGUGGCCAUCAUAUGCAUCGCAGUCGGUUGUGUCAUGAGGCGUAGGAGACCGAAGACCCUGAGGAGUGACAUGUCCAUCACUCUGGUCAAUUCGGACAACACAUUGAAAACACCACUGAUGAAUGCCAAACUGUCGACGUUUAGCGAAACGAACGGGAAUUUGGAAACUUCACAAACCAUUUUUCAAGCUUCCGACUGCAUCUCUCAUACUCCAACAAAAAUACGGUCUGCUGUUGCUCUCUCGCAUUUGCCCGAACACGUGGCCAUGUUGAAAAUGAACAGUGGGCUAGAAAUGUCCGAAGAGUAUGAGAGUAUUGAAUCCGGGACAGAGGGGCUCACGUGGAAGUACGCAAACAUGGAGGAAAACAGACCGAAAAAUCGAUACGCCAAUGUGGUCGCUUACGAUCAUUCGCGUGUUCUGCUCCCGACAAUCGCAGACAUUCCUGGAUCAGAUUAUAUAAAUGCAAACUAUAUUGAUGGUUAUCAACGUCAAAAGGCGUAUAUCGCAACUCAGGGCCCGUUGCCAGAAACCUUCUACGAUUUUUGGCGUAUGAUUUGGGACCAGAAUUCUCGCAUCAUCGUAAUGAUGACUCGUCUAGAGGAACGGGCACGUGUAAAGUGUGAUCAGUAUUGGCCAACCCGUGGGACCGAAACGUUCCGGUAUACGCCAGAAGAAAAAACUACCAAAUACACAACUCCGGUUUAUACUGUAACCCUUAAUGAUACUAGCGAAUAUGCCUACUAUACUUUACGGACGUUUAUCCUUAGGCGGGAGGCUGGAGAUGCGGAGAUGAAUGACACCAACAGACAAAAUAGCCAAGCUGUGGAAUCGCGAGAAAUAAAACAGUUUCAGUUCACUGCGUGGCCGGAUUAUGGCACUCCAGACUAUCCUCAACCACUGCUACUCUUCAUUCGACGUGUGACUCAGGUCCGAUCGCACAUGCUACAUCAGUUGCAGCAAGAACGCUUGGCUAAUGGAGACUCCUACAAUGGGCGAGGCACUACACAUAAGCCCCUGGAUGCAAUAAGACCAACUAGUCCCAAUCUAUUGACUGAACUCGGUCCAACAGUUGUACAUUGUUCGGCAGGGGUGGGAAGAACUGGCGCCUUUAUUGUAAUUGAUUCCCAACUGGAACGACUACGCUACGAAAAGUCUGUAGAUAUUUUUGGAUCUGUUGGUCGGAUGCGUGCACAACGAAACUUUAUGGUGCAGACAGAAGAACAGUACACAUUUUUGUAUGACGUGUUUGUCGAGGCAGCCACCGUCUACGGUACGGAAGUGACUGCACAUGGUCUGUACAACCACGUGGUCAAGCUUCGUCAAAUCGCCCCAUCCAAUCUCUUGUCGCCGAACAAACCGAUUGGAAACGGUAUUCAUGAUGGAAACGCGAAAGAUUUUGCACCAACUGUUAAUCAGUCUGGGCUAGAAAUGGAGUUCAAGCGCUUGAACGUUAAUCUGGUGCUACAUAAGCAGUUCACCUCAGCUGUGCUCCCCGAAAAUCGGCUGAAAAAUCGCACUCCAGAUAUUCUUCCUUAUGAAGCUAACCGGGUUUUUCUACCCAUCAUUCGUGGCUUGAAUGGUUCUGAUUACAUCAAUGCCAGCUUCAUCGAUGGUUAUCGUAAAAAACGAGCAUAUAUCUCGGCCCAAACACCAAUGCCAAAUACCACUGAUGACUUCUGGCGUCUCAUUUGGGAGCACAACUCUCCUAUUAUCGUACUGAUGCACACAGAGACGGUUGCGCGAUCAACCAACACAUCUGCCCCCGGACUGCCGGUUCAGAGUGACUCCUAUUGGCCAAUGGAACGAUCGACCCGGUAUCAGCAUUUAUUGGUUGAACCUAUGGUAGAAUAUACGAUGCCACAUUUCAUUCUACGAGAAUUCCGUUUAACAGACACACGAGAUGGUCAAUCUCGCACUUUGAGGCAAUUUCAGCUGCUCGGUUGGCCUCAAGAUUCCGUUGUACCCAAAUCCGCCGAGGCAAUGAUCGAUCUGAUUGGUCAAGUUCACAAGACACAGUCUCAAUUUGGUCAAGACGGACCAAUCACAGUGCAUUGCAGCACUGGAUCCGGUCGAUCGGCUGUAUUCAUUUGCCUAAGUUUGCUUCUGGAAAGAAUGCGAUGCGAAGGAAUGGUGGACAUUUUCAUCACCACUCGUAUGUUACGCACACAACGUGUGGAUAUGAUUCAGACACCGGAUCAAUACGCAUUUUGUUACGCCGCGACACUGGAAUAUCUUGCCUCUUUCGACCACUACACCAGUUAGUACACUACUGGAUCCAUCUUAAUCCUUGUCUCUUUGCACAGAGUGAAAAUAUUCUGUGGCGCUGAUAUUUUUCCCUCUUUGACUUUCUUUCUUCGUAACAAAUACACGGGCUGCAGUUAGCAAAGGUUUUUGAAUUGACGCGUUCAACUUGAUGGACACUCCAAGUAGUCUACCUAUUGUAUAAAAAAAUGACGAACAAAUAUGUACCAUUUGAAAUUUUCAGCUAACGUUUAUUCCACCUACUUUUUUGCUGGGUCAUGUCGAUGUACUUUUGCUCGACUAUGACCCUGCACGCCUAUCUCUACAUUAACUGCACACCGACCUCAAACAAAGCAAUUGAUGUGAUGUGUACUCAAAUGUACCGAUG